CUGGCCAUAAGAACAUAGCAUCUUUUAUUAAUGCCAGGCCUUCUUGCGGCUCCCUCUUAGCUAUAAAUAAAUACACAUCGAGGUUGAGAGCAAAUUGUAAGCUCGCAAACUCAACUACAUGGCCACACACCAAAUCUUCAGCCUAUCUUCCAAUGAGGUCUAUGACAUGGACACAGUUCAAGACUCCAAAUAUUCGAGAUUACUAAUUGCUUUCCCUCCAUUCCUUCUCAGAAAGGUAUUGUCUGAGUUCAUAUCAACAUUUCUGCUUGUGUUUGUUACGUGUGGGGUGGUGGCCCUGCAUAGAAAUGACGAGAAGAGGGUGUCACGGCUCGGUGCUUCAGUUGCCAGUGGGCUGGUUGUAACUGUGAUGAUUUAUUCUGUUGGGCAUAUCUCUGGUGCACACAUGAACCCGGCGGUGACAUUUGCCUUUGCUGUUUCAAAGCACGGCCAGUUCCCUUGGAUUCAGGUCCCCUUCUACUGGCUAUCACAAUUAUCUGGUGCGACGUUUGCUUCAUUUGUUCUCAAGGCAUUGCUGAAUCCUAUAACAGAAUUUGGGACAACAACCCCGGCUGGAACGGCUCUUCAGGCGCUCAUCAUGGAGAUUGUGGUCACCUUUUGCACAAUGUUUGUUGCUUCUGCUGUCGCCACUGACACCAGAGCUGUGGGGGAGUUGGCAGGUCUUGCAGUUGGAUCAUCAGUUUGCAUCACCUCAAUUUUGGCUGGGCCUAUUUCUGGAGGAUCAAUGAACCCCGCAAGGAGUUUAGGGCCAGCACUUGCAAGCAAUAGAUAUGAGUCUCUAUGGGUGUACUUCUUGGGUCCUAUGAUCGGCACACUUUCGGGUGCAUGGUCUUACAACUUUAUACGUUUUGAUCCCUCGGAAAAGCCCGAACCUUCGAAGAUUUCUUCAUUCAAACUUCGUCGAUCUGAGAGCCAGCAAGCAGCAGAUGUGGUUGUUGCAGACAUUGCUUAGUUGAUUUGCUGCUGAUUUUGCUUAGCUGCAAUGUGUUGUGUUGUUAUGCAAGCAGUUGGCUCUUAUUUUCUUUUGAGUUUUGAUAUGGUUGGAACUAAAUUGUACAAAUUUAGAAGGUUUUAUUUGCAUUCUGGGGAUUUUAGAAUGGAAGGAGAUGAAAAGGACGUUGAAAAUAUUAAAUUAUAGAUCAUAUAAGACUUGUUUUUUAUUUUAUUU